AUGUACGCCGCCACCCUCCUCACCGCCACCCUCCUCGCCGCCGGCACCAUCGCCGCCCCAUCCCACCAAUCCAACACCCGCCAGGACACCACCCUAAGCGUCCAACUCGACGUCUACACGGGCGACAUCAACAACGCCGGCGUGACCAACCGCAUCACGGUCCCGCUGUACACGCUGUACCAGGACACGACCGACAUGCUGGUGUCCAACAUCAGCAUCGUGGCCGACAGCGGCGCGGGUGGCAUCGACGCCAAGUACGUCGCGUGCCAGAAGUACCGCGACGUCGAGCCCGCGGGGACCGUCACGGGCAGCGCCGAGUUCACCGUCGCCGAGCCCGCCGAGAUCAGCACCAACCACGUCGGGUUCGGGUCGGUUACUUGCUAUGUCAACCGCUAUUCGGGUAACUGA